UGAUAGAGGCAGUCCAUGUUGUGUUAAAUAUUCAGAAAGAUAAUCAAGAGCAUUAUUUAAAUGAUUAGAUGAAUCUUGUAUAGACUUGUCAGAAGAAUACAGGACAAUGUCAUCUGCAUAUUGCAGUAUCUGACAGAAAGGUGUAACGGUACUGUUGAGGUCAUGGGUAUACAGAUUAUAAAGAAGGGGACUAAGGACUGAGCCUUGAGGUAAACCUUUCCAAACUGACUUAGGAGGGAGGUAAGAGGAUGGACCUUUAAUAGUGAUGGAUCUCUCCAUUAACAUGUUACAUAUGAAACGGGAUAACUUCACGGGGAUACUCAGCUGGUUGAGUUUACUCCUGAGUAGAGGAAGUGAAACGUAUAACAUAUGCAGAUUCUAUAUCAAGAAAAACUCCCACAAGGUGUUCUUUUCUGAGGAGUGCUAUUCUAAUGUCAGUUGUAAGGAUACCUAAGCUAUCUAAGGAGCUCUUGCCCUUUCUGAAACCAUACUGGGAGUUGGAAAGGAGAUUAUUGGUUUCAACAAACCACUCAAGUCUUUGUUUAAUCAUGAUUUCAGAAACUUUUGCAAGAGCAGAAGAGAGGGCAAUUGGCCUAUAGCUGGUAGCUUCAGAUGGAUUCUGACCAGGUUUAAGUAAUGGAAUAAUUACCUGAUUUUUCCAAGGUGGAGGGAUGGAACCAAGAUCAAAAAGCGUUUUCUUCUGAGCUGCUUGUACGCUACGCCGUUUUGAUCCCGGUGAGUGUGGGGAUAUCCGGAGGGUCCGGAGGUUCCGGGGGAGAAAUCUCCAUUAUUAAACGGUUUUCAGACACGGAGAUAGGACUCCUGAUCAAGAGGAGUUGGACAAAUUACCUUUGAAAGAACUUAAUAAUGAAAAAUUUUUCUAUCCAUAUGGAAAAAAAGCUUUAACAAACAAAGGAAAACAGCGUGCAUUCCUCGUAGGAAAAUACCUAAGGGACCGCUACAACGGCACAAUAUCAAGCCUGUACUUGCCAAAUGAAUCACACAUCCAGACCACUGACUACUCUCGAACUAAAAUGACAGCUCUCACUGCGCUGGCUGCCUUGUUUCCACCUCCACCCGCCCAGCGAUGGAACCCCGACCUGAACUGGCAACCAGUACCCUACGACACACCUGCCUACAAUGUUGAUAACUUUUUAUACUACUACAACUGUCCUCGCUACAUUCAGCUCAGAAAUAAAAUAUAUGAGUUACCUGAAUUUAAAAAAAGGUUGGCACCAUACGAGAGACUUUUUAAAAAUUUAAGUGAUAAAGCUCAAUCAAAUAUAACAACAGCCGAAGACGUUUUCGAUUUAGAUAAUUUAUUUCAAACUUUGGGGAAUGUUGGAGUUUUAACUCCACAAUGGGCGGUGGACGUAAUGCCACAAAUAAAGGAAGUUACUAAAAUCGAAUAUGCUGCUGAAUUUUACACAGUGGAAUUAAUACGCUUAGCAUCAGGAGUGUUAAUGGGCGAUAUAUUAAAUGCUACGAAUGCUAUCAUUGAUGGAAGCGACAAAGUGCCAAAGCUGUGGUUAUUCUCGGCACACGAAAAUAACGUGGCCGCCUUAAUGGCUGCAUCCGGGGUUUUCUACCCUCACCAGCCAAAGUAUGGUUCAACAAUAUCUUUGGAAAUGAGAAAAGACCUUGUCACGGGAAAAUACGGAGUUUUAACUGUUUAUGCAGCGGAAGCUGGAGGUCCAGGUGUCAUUCUGCCAAUCAGAGGUUGUGGAAGCAAACCUUUGUGUGACUAUGAUUCUUUUGUCAGCAUGACCCAAGAAAUUAGAAUUUCUAUGAGUGACUAUAAGAAGGAAUGUUCAAUUAAAUAAAAUCUUAAGAGUAAGCACCAAGUUGAGGUAUAGGUUCUUAGGAGUGUCGCUUACGAAUUUAUAGUCGUCCAUAUUCCCGAAGUCUAGUUAGAACAGGUUAUCACAAUUAUUAUUGUUACAUAUGAAAAUAGCAUUAAAAAAUUAAGCAUGAAGUUU